AUGGACCUGUACUUCAGUGCCUGCUCCAAGGCUGCCACCGUCGCAGCCACCGAGACGGCGGCCAGCAGCCUGGCCACGGACAGCCAGCGCUGCGGAGAAGGCGUGCACAAAACCCACUUUCCAGGAGUUGGAGCCACUCAACUUCUGGAUCUGCCCCUGGGGGUCAAACUGCCGAUGCUCCCGGGAGGCCACGCUGUCUACUACACCACCAAGCUAAGUGAAAAGCUUUUUCGUCCUUCCUAUGGUUUUAAUCUGACUGAUCCUUAUUGUCGACUUUUGGAAAAUCAGUAUAAAAGUCUCCACGAUCCACAUUUAAAGACAUACUAUAAGCGGAAAGAUAUUCUGAAACGAUUGAAAAAAGGUGGCUACAUCACCAGCAAUAAUAAAAUUAUAUGUUCAUUGAGGGAAUUGAAUAAGUACAGACAAUAUCUUACCAGUUUAAAAUUAGACUUUGAAAGAAACUAUAUAAAAGAACAAAAAAUGCUUUCAAGGGAAGUCAAUAAACUACAAGAAAAUAAUCAAAUACCCCGACAAAACACUGAGCAGUUCCAAAAUUGGUUGUUACAAGAGAAUGGCCACUGUCUGAAGGACCCAGAAAAAUUAAUAAGACAUAGAUAUAUGGACAUGAUAAACCAGGAAUUAGAGCAACUGGAACGCACAGCAGAAGAGCAACGCCUCCUUCGGAUGGAUAGAGAAGAAAGGCAACAGCGAGAACACACAAGACGAAAACUUAAUCUUCGCAGAAAAAUGGAAGAGGAAUGGAAGACAAAAGAGAUGUUACUUCUGACAAAAAUUGGAGAGGAUGUUAAAAGAGAAGCUAGGAUAGAGGAACAACGACGUAAAAUUAGAGAAGAAAAUGACAGAAGGAAACAAGUCCUUCUAGAAAAAAAAAUGGCUUAUCACUUACAAAAAAUGCAAGAAAAUGGCCUUAAAAGAGAAGAGAUAGGAAAAAAUGCAUUUGAUUACAAAGGACAAGAUGAGAAAAACUCUGAAUUAGAACCUCAGUACCAUCCUCAGUGCCAUGUCAAAGCCCAACGUGUUCUUCCUACUCGCACUUUUGUAAAUGUAAAUCAAAAACUACUAGAAAACUGCUUGCAUGAAAAAGUAACUUCUAAAGAACUGAACAGUAUAAUUCAGAAUGUAAUGACCUGGGUUGUAGCUACAGUGACCAGUAUAUUAUACCCAGCCAUCACAAAGUAUGAAGAAAGGCUUCAGAAUACUGCAUACCGGGUGUCUGAUGAGUCUGUCCUCUCUUCAGAUAGUUCAAGUUUCUGUAGUACAUGUAGUGAUGAGUUUACUUAUAAAACCUAUACAACUGCAACACCUAAAACAUUUACGAGAGAUCCCUGUCCCAUUGCAGUUGACAUAUCAGUAAGGAAACCAGACACACCUUUAAAACCACCUUCUGCCCAUGUAGAAAGGACAAUUGUGAGAAAAAACUAUCACAUGUCAGGGCAAACUAUAACAAGUCAACUCGAAUGUAAAAAACCAAAAAUGAUAUGUGAUGAGACAGUCCUAUGUAAAACUGAUACUACCCUUAUAAUACCAUUUGAUAAAGAGGCAAAAAAAUCAAAGGAUGCUACUACUGAAACAGAAAAUUUAAUAGGUGCUUUGCUGUCUGAUAAAAAGGCAAAAGUCCUGAAUGAAUUGGAAAAGUUAAAAAAUAUUUUUGUUAACUUUAAAUGUUACUUAAAAGGGGAAACUGAACUGAUUUUAGAAAACAUAUUUCAUGAACUAAUGUCUGAUUUGAAACAAGCCAUUCCCUCUAUUUCUUCUGUAACUGCUGAAGUUUUUGUUGACCAGUGUGAGAAUGAAAAAGAGGAGUUGUCCUCGAACGCUGAUAUCUCUGCAGCAGCUUCAGAGAUUGUGGAUAACAUACUUGAUAAGCUACAUUUUGCAGUUGAGAAAAGAUGUGUUGAGGUUUCUUCUCAAGAAGACAUUUCAGGCAACAAUAUAUCAAACUUGGUACACAUUGGAGAAAAUCCCACUUCAUCAAAUGGAAAACCUUCACGGUCACCCAUGUCUGAUAUUGCAGAAGAUAUGGUACAUGGCAUUUUAGAAAAGCUAAUGACUCUUACAUCUUGUAAUCAAAAUGAACCUCCUCAUAUUGAAAAUGCAACCAAACUUCCAGAGCAAAUAAAUAUAUUCUAUGAAAAAGCCAACCAAAUAAAAUGCAGUACUGAGCCCGAUGAAGCUAAUUUAAUUAUUAAACAAGAAGUACAAAAUUUAGUAUCAAAAAUUUUUUCAGAGUCCUCUUUGGUUGGUUACAUAGAAGAAGCAAUUGGUACAAUAUUAGAAUAUAUACAAGCUGAACUUAAUAAUGACAGAAUUUGUGCAUCUGAAGAAACAAUAGUACUUCUUCAGCUACUUGAUGAUAUCUUUACUGAGCUCCAUAAGAAGCCAGAAAAAGUGGAUGUUCAAAAAUGUAAAUAUUCUAUGCUAAGAAAUUCUUUUGAUAUUGAAGAAAAGUACAGACUAACUGGCACUAGAUUAGCCAGUACUUGUCAGUCAGGAAGACCAUUUUCUCCUAUUAAUGUUCCUGGCAUGGUCCUUUAUUCUGAUGAUAAUAAUGAAGAAAUAGAAAAAAUUGUAAAAACUGUAAUUGAUUCAUCUUUCAUAGAUGAAGAUAAAAUGUCAGAAGAACAUAUUUCUGAGAAUUUAUUCACAAAAGGAGACAUGUGUUUUGAAAAUAGAAGAAAUAGAAAAUCACCUAUAAAAUCAGCUAGAAAAAGUAGCAGAGUUGCCUUUUCUGAUAGGAAGUUAAAGACAGAUCUACCACCUUUUCACAGUGAAGAUAUUUUGGAGGGAAAAUCCUGCUUUAAUAAGGAUACCAUGAUUUUCACCCAAGAUCAAAAGCACCAAAUACAAAAGGCUUCAGAAAACACAGUUAGAUGUAUUUUAACAGAAAUGCUUGAGGAUUUAUCCUCUGUACCUCCUGGUUACUUAGACAGUAAUACUGGACAGAAAAUUUCAUUUUUUCCUUCAGAAAAACCUCCAGGAUUUUCAUAUCAGGAAUGGAUGGAUCAGAUGUUUUCUACGUCAGAAAUUAGUACAGUAGUCCAAAAAAUAACAGACGAUGUAUUAGAUAUACUCAUGAGUGCAUCUGACUGCAUUCCCAAUAUAAUAAAAAGUUCCUCAUCAAUUCAUAAAAGUGCUCAAGAUAAAUCUGACACACACCACAAGGUUGAAAAAGCACCAAAGAAAGAGGAAUUACAUAUAUGGUUUGACAGUGAAACGAAGAUGAAAUGUUUAUCUUCAUGUAAUUUGGAUCCUAAAGAUUCAUCCCUUUUAUAUUUUUCAGAAAAUCAGCCUGAACUUAUAGAUGGCAUUAAUGAUCAGAUAAUUAACACAGUUUUAAAAAGACUGAAAGUAUUCAUCUGUCCAAAAUUGCAAAUGACCUUUAAACCUUCACUUAUGGAGAAACCUGCAUUUCAGUCUCAACUUAGUAAUUAUACAACAAAAGUGGUAAAUAUUGUUCUGCGUGCUAUCCAGAAUGAACUGGAAUCAGGUAAGAAAAACCUAAAACUUAAGGAAACAGACUGUACCAAAUCUCUCACAAGUAAAGGAUGUUUUUAUGACCAUGAUGAGUUGGAAUCUCUUCUCUCAAGUAUUGAUGACGAGAGCAUGGCAUCCCCGUUAUUAACUUCUAUUUGUGAGUUGCUUCAAAGUAGGCAGACAGCUGAAGGGGAUACUUCACCUGAAACUUCAUAUGGACUUGCUGGCAAUGGUAAACAAAACAUUUUGCCAAAUAGACAUAAUAAAAAAUCUUUAAAAAAAUUUUUUCCAACUCCAUGUUGUCUCAACAGUGUGUCUAGUGGAAAAGAUAACAAAGAGAAUGCCACAUUGCAAGUGUUAGAUAGCAUUGGGGAAACACUACGUGAAAUGUUAAGGAAAAUUAGAGGAACUCAUCCACACUCCCUGACAUCUUGUAUUGACCUAAACAGGGAGAGAAUGAAGGAUGAUCAGCAAGCAACUACUGAGUUGAAGUCUAAUAUUCAGUGUAUUUCCCAAACAAUUUUAGACUGCAUCCUUGCAAAACUGUGUAACAUCGACACAGAUAACAAUUUCACAAGCCCUGGAUGUAAAAUUUUUUUAGAGUCUCCUGAUACUGACAGCCUAUCAUUUGUUUCAAUUACUGAAGAAAUAGGCAAAUGCCUUGAAAUUAUCUCUAACAUAGUCUCCAGAACGGUUUUGAAAGGUAAUACAGAGGUAAUUAAAAGCAUGGCAAAAACAACUACUGUAACAUCCAAAACAGCAGACACAAAAGUAGUACAUCCAAAUAAACUGAAAGAUGUGGCUUUAGAUAUUCUUAAUAUGGUUUUUGAUAAUUUGAAAAGGUUUGCCAAUGUCAAUUUAGAAAAUUCUUACUCUAUUGAUGAUGAAAAUAAGAAAUUCAGUGAGAUGGAAUGUGAAAGUACCAAUGUUUUGGGAGACACACAUGAAGGAAAAAUGCAAUUUCCUUUAUACAUGCAUGCAAAGAAAAUAGCAAAAACUGUUCUGAAAGCUAUUCAAACAGAAUUAAAUAUGAACUCAUUAGAUUUGAGAGCUAGUAUAAAAAACACGCCACCUGAGAGACAAGUUAUUAAGAAUAUAGUUAAUUCAAUUUUAAAUGCAGUAUCUUCAGGUAUAUUUAAUGAAACUCAACCUGAAGAGACAGAAACAAAUAAUUUUCAUUACAAACCAACCUAUGGAAAUUACCUUCCUGGAGGAGGUGAAACAAAUUCAAAUGUAGAAAAUGCUGCACAAACAGAAGAAGAAUUAAAUGGAGAAAGAACACCAGAAGGAGAAGAAAGUCAAUCAAAUUCCCUUAAACAACGAAUUUUAGAGAGAACAUUAAGUAAAAUUGAAGUGAAACUCAAAGAACCACAGAAAUCUCCGGUUAUUCCCAUUGUAAGAAAUAUUUUAAAUGAAAUAUUUCAGGGUGCUUUGACUAAUCACUUAAAUGUCCUUCCCCUCUCUCACCUAAGUGUCUUACCUCACAAUGUUAAUGAACCCAUUGCUCAAACAUCCAUUCAAUUUGUAGACAAAACAAUGAGCCCUUUGGUUUCUGAAACAGAUAUCACUGUAGUGGCAGAUGAUGUGGUUAGAACCGUAUUUCAGAAACUCUUUAUAGCUGCCAUGACAGAUAGAAAUACAAGUGAAAAUAGGUAUAAAACCAUCAGCUUUUCAGCAAAUGUUUCUUUUCCUGAAUAUACAUAUGGUGAAAAUUCAUCCAUUACUGUGAUCAAUAAGAAUUCCUGUACUCUCCAGUCUAAAGUCACUAUUGACAAACAGACCAAAAUAAGUGUAGUUGAAGAUAUUGUGAAGGCAGUAUUGACACAUUUAGAAACCUUUGCUACUUCUAAGGUAAAAUCUCUCUUUUGUCAUCAAAUCAACUUCACAGUUUCGGCUCCUUUACCUAACCAGUUAGAUGAGAGUAUGGUAAGCAAGGCAUUGCCAGCCAAAGAUUCAAAUUCUGAUGAUUCACUUUCUUAUAGCUUAGUGGAUAAUAUUACAUCAAAAAACACCAACACAUUGUCUCAACUCUCUUUAAAUAAAUUAAAUGUACAUGCUACAGAAGUGGCUAGAAAAAUUUUACAAGGAAUCAAACAUGAAUUAGAUAAAGAAACGGAGAGUCCUCUCAUAACUCAGAAUAUUGUGGUUUCUGAAAACAUUGCAAGUCAAAUCGUUAAUGCAGUAUUAGAUAUUGUUUCAUCUAAAAACAAAUAUGACAAAAGCAAUUCUGAAAUAGAAAUUGAUUCAAAUCACCAAGAAGGAAUUAUUGAAAUGUUCUUUAAUAAGACUGAAUAUCGGGAUGUACUUCAGUUUCAAAUACAGGAUACCAUAGAAGGUAUUUUAUGUGAUAUUUAUGAAAAAACAUUGUACCAGAAUAAUCUUACAUUUGGAAAGCCUACUCUGAAUUAUAACAUAGAUGGUGAACAUUCUGUAACAAAUUCUGAAAUGCUAAUUGAGAGAUCAAAAGAGAUUACUCCAAAACUUUCAGUUCCUAAGUCAGAUGUUAUUUUGAUAUCCAAUGAUAUAAUCGAUAUUGUUCUCCAUAAUCUCCGUUCUGCUGUCUUGCUUGGUAUAAAUCCAAAAGACUCUACUUCUGUAAGUUUUCCCCUCGCCAUUUGUGAUAUGUUUCCAAAAACAGAUUGGCAACAGUCGUUGAUAGUAGGGUCAAAAAAUGAAAGAAAAGCAGUGUGCUUCCCACCUUCAAGAAAUAUAAAAUCAGAUAUAAUGGAUGAUAAACAAAUAACUGAGAUAGAGAAAAAUAACUCCAAGAAUUCUGUUCAUGACCUAUGUGAGGAAAAUGCUGACUUCAUUACUAAGACAAUUUUCAAUAGGUUAGAAUCCUUUGCCACAGAAAGAAUAGAUUCAUUAAUUACUCUUGCUUUCCAGUCUAAAGAAGAUUCAAUUGUUAACCGAGAACUGGAAGAUUGUAAGCAAGAUGACAUUGUUCAUGAGUCAAGCCAAAUAGAAUCAAACGUAAAUGCUCUGAAAAUAGCAACUGAAACUUUUUCCACAAAUUUGACUUUCAUCAAUUACAGAGAAAAACUUGGACCAACAGUUCAUCUAUCACAAGCUAGUCUUAAGGAAUAUGCUGAUAUCAUUGCCAGUGUCAUUUUGAAGCUUAUUAAAAAUUACUCAGAUCUAGAAAUCCAGAAAGCAUAUACAUAUUCAAAUAAUACUUCCUUCCAACAAAAUAUCAUUGUUAGUGAAAUUGUCAAUAGUAUUUUAAAGAUUUUAUAUGAUAAAAAAUCUGAUAAGGAAAUUACUUUUUAUUCAAAAGAUAACCCUAGUUUAUUUUCACAACAAACUUCAUCAGAUGAAAUAUUAAUGAGACAAAAAGAAGACAAUACCAAAAUCUCACUCCUUUCACAGCAUCCAUUAGCACAAAACAAAGUAAUAUUAGAAAAUGAAAGUCAGAUAAUUGUUCUGGAAGAAAUAUUUAUGAGAAAUGAAGAAACAAAACAAAAAGAUAAAACUGUAUUCUUCAGUACAGUGGAAACAGUUUUAUGUAAAGUGCAUCAAAGAAUCAUGGAAAUCUUGUAUCACUUGCCUUCAUUUAGUGAAACCCCCCACCUUACAACUAAUUCUAAAAUUAAAACAGACACAACAGAGAAAAAUCUAUUUCAAUCACAUGUUAAGAGUGUCGCAAAUGAUAUCCUUGAAAGUAUUUUGGAGAAAAUGUAUUCUGUUGUGUUGACAUCAUUGUAUGAAUAUAAUAAAAGUAGAGAAGUAGGAACACCUGAUCAUGAUACAUUAUUCAAAAAAUCACCAUGCAUCAGAGAAAAUAAAGGGAGGUCAGAGUACAAUUCUACUAGGUAUGUAGUACCACAGACUUAUCCUCAUGCAGGUAGUCAGAAUGCCUCUCUAUUUGAAAAAAAUCUUUUGCAAUACUCACCAUCACAAGUAGGGAAGGAUUUAGUCCAAAUGGUUCUCACUAAGCUCACAAAAUUUGCUUCAUUUCAUUUAAAUGAAUCCCUGCAUCCUAACAGUCAUUCUGAGGAGUUGCUGAAAAAUUCUAAAGUAAAUGCAAAGGGCAACCCUAGGCCAGGUUUCAAAAGAAAUUUAAAAGCAAAAUCAAAAGUUAAUUCUUCACCCAAAUUUAAAGUAAGAUCACGUAUAGAAUCUAGCAGUGCUAAAGCCAAAAACAAGAUAAAAUUGGGUCCUGCGGAGAAGACUCUAAAAGAUAUCUCAUCAAAACCUGAUGUUGGGUUGCCACACAUCCUAUCAACAGGAGAUGCCAAAAAUGUACUGGAGACAAAAUUGCCUAUUUCAGAACUAAAAAUGUAUGCCAAUGAUAUAGUAAUAGAAAUCUUGACGCAAAUUGUUAAAGAAUUUGAAAGAGUGAAGCAGGCUAGAACAAUGGCAAAUGUUAAAAGGUUACCAUCUGAUAAAAUUAUAGAGGCAAAUAAAAUUGUUAAUACAAUUUUGCAGGGAUUACUUACUGCAAAUAACCACACUAUUUCCCAUCCAGUUAAAUUUUCACAUCUGGAUGAUCUGAAACAUUCACAGAACACUCUUGCUGGAGGGCACCUUGCCAAAUCUCAAGCAUGUUUUUACUUGGAAAAUGUUUCUUCACAGCUAGAACAGAUUUUUUCUAAAGAAGGAAUAUUUAGAAAAAUUGAUGAAUGGCAAACAGAGUCAAAUGACACAGAAAACAAAAAAUGUAGUUUAUUAAUGAUAGCUGAAACUAUUUUGACUGAAAUUUCAAUAAAAGCACAAGACUUAGAUUAUUCUCUUUCUCUUUUAAAUUUGCCACCUUGUUAUGACUGUGAGACAAGAUUUGCCAAUCAUUUUAGGGAAACAUCAACCAGAGCUGAAGAUACCAAAGCACAAAUUCAUACGUUUGGAAGGAAAAUUGUCGAACUGCUAUUUGAAAAGUUACAGCUAUGCUUUUUAUCCCAGAUGCCAUCUCCAGAUAGUAAAGAGACACUAUUAAGCAGGAAUAAGCACAUUACUACUAAAAGUAAAUACAGUUUUCCAAUAAAGGGCACCCUCAGCAAUGUGCCAGCUUAUAACAGAAAUAUGAAAAAUGAAAUAUAUUUAGGGUCUAGCAACCAAAUUAUUAAAGAGAUUGUAGAAAAGGUUUUCAACAUGUUGGAGUCAUUUGUAGACUUGCGGUUCAAACGUAUUUCUAAAUAUGCGAUUUCUGAAAUAGUGAGAAUGCCCAUAGAAAACCUUUUUCCUGUUCAACAGCGACUAUUAAGCAAAAAGAUGUUGCCAAAAGCACAAGGGCUGAAAAAGUUUGAUGAAUCCAAAUCAAAUAAUAUUUCUAAGGAAAACAUAGAGAAUACUCUUUUAGAAGUUCACUUGUUCCAUUCAGAAUUACUUACCUAUGCCAUUAAUAUUGUCACUGACAUGCUUGCCCUACUGAAAAAUAAACUUGACAGAGAAAUAAGUCAAGAGGAACCAUCUUCAGUUAGCAUAUUGAAAGAGAACAUUGCAGCAAGUUCGAUCAUUGGUACGCUGAUGAGUCAUUGCGCACAUUUUCGUGAGUCCUUGAUUAAAGAUCUUCCAAAGGAGACUUUGUUUCAAGGAGUUGAAAAUACUUACAUUGUUAAUCAUGUGGAAUUUGCAACUAAUCUGAAAAUUCCAAUAUCAAAAUUAAAAGAAGUUAGUUUGAAGAAUAAUCUUUCACAUAACAAUAGACCUCAUUUGAUGUCUUAUUCAGAUGAAGAUAUAAAUAGCAGAUACAGGUCUUUAUCAGCUUUACCUGCAUAUGGUAAGGCCUCUGUAGAAAACAAAAUUAAAAGCUCAGAACCAACGCAAAGACCUGAGUCACAACAUAUGCCAUCAUGCUACAGAUACAACUCACAAAAUUACAGCCCAAGAAGAUCUGACUUUGGCCCUUUUAAUCCAGAUGUGAAAAAGAAUAGUUGUCCCCCUGAAGGUAGUGUCUUACAAAAACUGUUUAAGAAAGCAAACAAAUCCACAGACACAGCAUUAAAAGAUGUGAUGGCUUUCAUAGAAGUGGGGGAAAGGGAAAAUCCAAGAGAGUUUCAUUACGAGAGCCUGAAUUCUGUUGCUGUGCCAAAUCACAUUGAGACAACAGUUUCUCCACUCAAAAUAUGUUUAGCUGCAGAAAACAUUGUCAAUACUGUGCUGUCAAGUUAUGGCUUUCCAAGUCAACUUCACACAAAUGAAAACAUGGAAACAAUCAAACCCUUUUUCACAUCAAAGCAAAACCCUUUGUCUGUACUACCUGGAAAACAAAUGAGUGAAGAGAAAAGUUUGCUAAGAAUGUGUGAUAAAAGAAUCAGAUAUACAUCUGAAGAAGAAAACAUAAAGCUUAAAAUCAAGGAAGAAAAUAUUCCUUUAUUGCACAAAUGGAAAACCAACCUGUACCCCAAAAUAAAGACUGUGAAGGAAUUGGAUGUCCUUUCUUUUUCUGAUCAUGAACUGGGUCCAAAUGAAAUUCAUUUGCUAGCAAAACAUAUAACCACAUCUGUGAUCACACAUUUCAAGAACUUGAAAACAAGAGUUUUCAGUGAGGCAACAAUGUCUAUUAUACCUACAUUCUUAAGGAAAAAACAUGAAUCAAAACGGCCUUUAAGAAAUAUGUACAAUGAUUCUUCACUUUAUCAACUUUGUGACCACCUCAGUGACUCUGUCAUUUGCCACUUAAUCUCAAGCAUUUCUGAUAGUACUAGAGAUGAUAGAGAAAAAGAGAAGACAUGGAAAAGUCAAGAUGAAGCAUGUAACAAGAUCAUUUCAAUUGACUCUCAAGUAUUUGAAAACAGGAUAAUUUCCAUCAGAGAACUUGCAUUAAGUGUUUCUGAAAUUAUUACUGAAAUUCUCUUCAAUUGUAACAUUAUACAAGAUAAUAUGUCACACAAACCUUUUUCUUCAAGAAAAAAGUAUGUGUAUUGCCCUGAAAUAUUUGCUGCUGACUUUGAUGAUCUUUUCCAGGAUAUCUUAAUUGGAAUAAUUUAUGUACUGUCCAAAGAAAUUGGGUUAAAUAACCACCUUGAAGAAAAAGGGAGAGAAUCAUUUGCUAUGCUUAGUAACUGUUGUGUGCCUAUUUGCAAUGAAACAAAUCCCUUGGAAAGACAAAAAAAUUCUACAGAUUGGGAGUCAUCUGCUCACCAACUUGAUCGUAUAAUCAAAAAAAAUAAAUUAAACUUUCUGGCAUAUAAGUUAGACAAUCUUGUUGGUAACCUAAAGAAUCAGGAAUCCAAAGAAAUAGUGAAUAAGGUUUUUAAUAUUGUUGUUGACUUAUUUUUGCCAGAUGAGCACCAAAAUGAGGUUACAGAUUCUGAUAAAGUAGCAAGAACAUUUUUUUUAUCCUCAAAUGAUUAUAUGCCUGAAAAUAACCUAGGGCUCACCUCCAAAUCAGUUUUCCUUUUAAAUGUAGUGUGUGAGAAACUUAUUAGAUCACUUCUGGACAAAUGCACAAACACUCUUUAUGAAAAUCUUGAUGAUGGGGCACUUUCUAUUGAAACAUCGGAAGAACAGUGUCUAGAGAUGUUUCAAAGUGUAGAAGAUGAAGAAUUUGAUGAUCAAAAAAGAAUUAUGGACUGUGAACAAUUUCAAGGAUAUUAUAUGUCAGACAUUUUGGGAAAUUUGGCAGAAAUGAAUCAAGAUUUAUUGUUAUCAGACUCUUUGCUUACUGAUAUUUCCCACAACUUGGUUAAAUCACUGAUGGACAAUCUAUCUCACUGUAUACAAUGUCCCCAAAAUCCACCUCCUGCAAACAAGCAUUUAGAGUAUAGAACAAGAGAAAUAAAUUCUAACUUCAUAAAAGCAAAGAACCCUGAAUUAACAGAAUUAACUCAAAGCAAAGGCUCUGUAAGAUUCACAAGUGAUAAACAUUUUGCUUUGAGAGAUUUUCUCGGUGAUUGUACCAAGAGGAGUGGCUCCAAAAUGUCGGUACCAUUUGCCAAGAAAUACUCAUUUAAAUUGCCUAAUUUGUCACAUGUUAACAGAAAGGGACUAAACAAUAUGGACACACAAGCAAAUCAGAGUAAAUUAUAUUUAGGAGAAAUGAAUACCAGUACCUAUUCAGCCACGUUUUUGGAGGAAAUAAUUUCAGGACUGUUUUUUAAUCUCUCCAUUUCACUUUGGGGUCAGAAUGAACUUAUUACUGUGACUCGGCUCAAUGAAAUGAAUACAUUCUUUAUCAACAGAAUAGUGAAUCUGUUUAAUAAUGCUCAAGUCACUGUUUUAAGGAAUGCUGAAGAAAAGCUGUGUUGCCCACAAUUCCAUAAACAAAUUGUUAGUAGGAUUGUUGACUCAGUUUAUUAUGAUGUUUUGCAGCAAUAUAAAUUGGAAGUUACUUGUGGUGGUAAUCUAGCACAUGAGAAUACCUCAAUAGUAGAACAAAUAACUAAUGGCAUAUUGUCAGAGGUUUUAGACUACCAACUUCCAUCUUGUUUGAGGACGAAGCUUACUCCUAGUUCAUAUCACCCUCUCAAUGCUGAAGUUAUACUGGAAAAACUUCAAAGUAAACUGAAAGAAUUCACUUUUCAACACGAAGUUUCACGUUAUACCACCAUGUUAUCACCUUCAUUUUUAGAAGAUAUCAUUAGAAGACUCUUGCCACAACUCAUUCCUUCACCCAAGAAGACUUCCUCUUUGGGUAAAAACAUUCACCUGAGUAAGGAUUUUAAUGAAAUGUUCACCUAUGUAGUAGAUAAAGUUAAGUCAGCAAUUUCAAAACAUAAAAUUUGGUUCACUAUAUAUGAUAAUCAAUGCCUAUAUACAGAAAAAGACCUCCAAAGGAUGGUGGAUUCUGUGUAUAGCAAUAUUAUGCAGAUGGAUGACUCUCUUGUUUCAAUACAGAAAAGAAUAGUUAGCCAAUGUCCGAUCAUGGUCGACCAAAUAGCCAGUCUUAUUAUCCAAGAGGUUAUUGAAAAUCAUCUCCAACCAUUUUUGCAGGGAGAGGGCUUAUCUCGUUCAAAAUCUCCAUUGGAUGCAAUAUCAAAUAUGGUUAAGCAGGUUAUCAGUGAAUCCAUAGAUUCUCAGAGACCUCCAAAACUAUCACAGCCAGGGAUUUAUCCUGAUCAAUUUGUAGGGGAAAUUGUUGCUGGACUUCUAUCAAAAAUUUUUAAUCCAAGGCAUAAUACUGAAACUGAUAUGGAAAACAUGUCUCAAAAAUUAGUAAAGUCAAUAAAUCGACAUUUUGGGAAAACUGAAACUCACAUUAUAAAUGAUGACAGGGAAAAGUGUUACCCCUCCAUAGAUAAAGAUAUUGUCGAUGAACUUGUCACCUCAGUUUAUCUAAAUGUUUUAAAACAACAAGGACUGUACCCUGAAGUUGAUGAAGCACCUGGAAACAGUGAUAUUUUUGUGGAAAGUAUUACCAAUUUAGUUGUAGCAGCAAUUUCAGAUUACCUCCUCCACCCAUUAUUUUCUGGGGAUUCUUCUACUUCUUCUUACUCUAUUUCAGCAGCUGAAAAUAUUGUUCAGGAUAUUAUCAAUAAUGUGAGUAAAUCUACUAAGACAAGUCAAAAUUUAUCUUCAUAUAACACCUUGCUUCCAUAUACAUUUUUGGAAGACAUGGUCAGAGGACUAUUAUAUAGAAUCUUUCCAUCUGCACCUAACAUUUCAAUCAAAGAAAUGCCAAAAGAGAGAUCAAAAGAUAAUUUCAAUGAAAUUACUUCAAAGUUAAUCAGUGAUAUUAGAAUGAAAAUUUCCCAGCAUGAAAUUAGAUUCUCAAAAGAUGAAGAAGCCAGAAGUGUUUAUUCAGAAGAUGAUGUUCAGCAUCUUGUUGACUCAAUAUUUAAGAAUAUUUCACACAACCGUGAGUUUGAAGAAUCACCUGAGCAAAAUAUCACAAGUGUAAAUGAUGAUCUUAUUGAUAGAAUAGCAGGUUUUAUCAUUAAACACAUCUGUCAAAAACAUCUUCUGCCAUUUGUGGGUAGAAAGUCGUUGACUUCUUCAGACAAACAUUGUGAAGCUAGAAAGAAUUGUUUUUAUGCAAGUAGUUAUUCCUCAACUUUUUUGGAAGAUGUUGUCUCUGGGAUUUUAUGUAGAAUAUUCCACAGGGCGUUAGGCAUUGUACAAACUAAACCAGUAAGAGAUUCAGAUGAUGAACUGUUUGACAAAGCUGAAAAACUCAUACAUUUGAUAGCAGAGGAAUUUUCGAAAGCCCAAGUUAGCAUUUUUGAGAAUGUUGAAGAGAAAUAUUGUUUGCCUCCAGUGGCCAAAGAAGAUGUCAAAAAUAUUAUUGACACAGUGUAUAGCAAAGUUUUACAAGACUAUGAAAUGGAAAUAUUGCCCGAUAAAGAUUUUAUAAGUGACACAAAGACAUUGGCUGCAAGGAUAACUAAAAUCAUACUGACUGAAAGCUUUGGUUUCCAAAUCCAUGCAAAUAUUGUAGCAAAGCUUCCUUUUAAGUCACACUCCAAACUCAAUACAGAUGCUUUGAUAAAAAGACUGCAAUGUGACAUUGUUAAAUCAAAACACCGAAGACAGUCUCGGACUAUAUAUACUACUAUGUUGUCACAUUCUCAUUUGGAAAAAAUUGUCACUCAGCUUAUGUCCCAUGUGAAUCCACUAGCCUCUAGUACAGAACACUCAGAGAUUUCUCAAUCAGAUUUUAAUAAUAAGGUCAUAAAAUUGAUAAGUGAAAUCAUGUCUAUCAUUUCAAACCAUGCAAUAUGCAUUACGAACCAUGGAAAUGAACAAAAUUUGAUUUCAGGAAAAGAUAUUCAAUCUAUGGUUGAUUCUAUUUAUGCUGAUCUUUCAUAUUCAAAUACUUACCGCUCUCUUACAAAAGAUAAGAAGGGAGUAAGUAGCAUACCUGUUUCAAAAACAGCAAGUUUUAUAAUAAAAGAAAUCUUUAACCAUCAUCUUCAGUCAUUUUCAUCUGAAAAUAAAACUUGUUUUUCAGGCACAAUUGAUCAAACUUCUAAAAAAACAGCAACAAAUCCUAAACAAAAAGAACUGUCUUUCAUUGUGAACUCAACCUUCUUCUUUGAAGAAGUAAUUUCUGAGCUUUUAGGUAAACUCUUUUAUGCAUUCUCACAUAAUGUCUUGGCUGCUGAAAACCCAAGUAGAGUAAAAGCCCAAAUUACUGACAUUGUUACAACAUUAGUAAAAUCAAUUGUUCUGGAGUUCACCAAAUCAGAGAUUUUACUUGCAGAUAAUUUUGAUAAAGCUAUGUGUUUUUCAGAACUAUAUAAAGAAAUGGUUAAAAAAACAGUGAAUCUAAUUUAUGAAAGAAUAUUAGAUCAAUAUCAAUCUAUGGCUCAUAUACACAUGGCUAUGCAAUGUGAGACUGUUUGUUUUGGAAAGAAAAUAUAUCAUUUGCUGUUGGAAAAAAUGUAUGAUUAUCAAGUGGAAUCAUUAGUUUCAGGAGAAUUGAUAUCUUCUUCAUAUUCUUCCCUUAAAGCUGAUAAUAUCAUAAAAAAUGUGCUAAGUAAUGUUAUGAAUGAUGGCUAUGCCUUGCCAUCAUGCAUUACUGUGUUAUCUCGUCCUAUUUUAGAAGAUAUAAUUUCCAAGCUUUUAGUACAUCUCUUCCCUUCAACCAACACAGAAAGUAAACUAGACAAGGAAGAAAUUUCCUCGGAUUCUGAGUUUAUGGAUGCAGCUUCAAAGCUGACUGAUGAAAUCAUAGAAGAAAUUUCUGAACAUGAGAUCCAUCUUGCUGUGGCAGAGCAGAAUGCAGAAAGUGAGCAAUUUGAUGAAAUUGAAACUUUUGUUGACUCUAUAUGUAAUAAUAUUUUGAAAAAAUCUGAAUUUGAAGCUGAAAUACAGAAAAGUAAAACUGAAAAAGGAGAUUCAUUUCUUACUAAAAUAGCUGGUUUCAUCAUAAAAGAAAUCAUGGAUCAUCAUCUGCAGCCAUUUUUACAUGAUGAAAAAUCAUUUUCUGGUAAUUUACCUGAUUCUAAUAAUGUCUCUAUUCCUACUAAACAUGGAAAAGAAAAGAAACAUCCUUCACUAUAUUCAGCAAAAUUUUUGGAAGAUGUAGUAGUUGAUCUUGUUCAUAAAUUUUAUUGUCUUCCAAGUAAGACUAAAGAUUCUGAAAAAAAAGAAAUCGCAGAACCAGAUAUUCUUGAAUUGGCUAUAAAAUUUGUAAACUCUUUGAUAGAAGAAUUUAGGAAGAGUGAAAUUAAAGUUCUACCAAAUGCUGAAGAGAAAUUUUCUUUUCCAUCAAUUGAUAAAGAGACAGUUGAUAUGGUAUCCAAUUUCGUGUAUGAUCAAUUCAUAGGAAAUUAUGGAUCAAGUAAUGUUCAUAAUAAUGAUAAAAACAACUUUUUUAUAGAAAAUGUUGCUUCUUUACUCCAGAAGGCAAUCUCUGCAUUCAAGAUUCAAACUUUGUUUUCAGGCGACUGGUCUUCUACCUUCUUUGCAUUUCUAAAUCCAGAUAACGUCACUGAAAGAGUUCAAAACCUUCCACAAAUAAUUCCAACUGAGGUAAGUGGAUGUCUGAAAGCAGACCAGUUAACUUUGCCAGAAAAACCACAGAAGCACAUUUCUCCAACUUCAGAGCAGAAAAACCUGUUGACUCCUUUGAAAACAGAUAUAAAUAACCGCAAUAAAAAGAAAAGUUUCAAAACCGAGAAAACAUCCACAAAAAAGUCUGGCAACCAAGACCUGAAAUUUACUUCUAUAACUAGUAUUAUGAAAAGAAAAAUGACAAGCCUAUUAUCAGGGUCAGCUUCAGGUAUGGUUAACAAAAAGCACAAUGAAAAUAGAACAGAAAUGCCAAGUCAAAAAGAUGAGACUGCAUCAGAAGUUACUUGUGCUAAUACUAGUGUGAAAAGUGAAGCUAUUCAAGAGCCAAAUUUGAUGGUUACAGUUGAAAACAAUAGACCUGAGAAGAGAGUUGAGAACAGUAAGUCUGAGAAGAAAGGCAUAAUGUCUUCAGAAAAAGAGCAGCAAGUUACUAGUGAAUAUGAACAAAGCUCAGUAUUUACUAAUGAUACAGCAUCUAAGAAGGAAGUUUAUGAGUCAGUUUCUGAAAUAGGCAAUGAAAAGAAGACUAACAAAACAGAAAGGUCACUGAAAAAAGGUGACAACUUCAGUGAGCUGCCUGUAGUACCCCAAAUGAAUGAUAAACAGACUACAACAGAGCCAGUGUUGGAAGCAAUCCCUCAGGAAGCAGAUAGCAUGGACAGAAAAUGCUUCUACGUAGAUACACUUGACGAUCCAUACUCAGAUUAUGAACAUGUUCAAAAUGUCACAGAAAACAUUUAUGAAAAUGUCUUGAAAAUGUAUAAUUCUCAAGAAACAGUUAAUUCAAAAAGCAAAAGUUUUCCAAGGGACACAGCAUCACUUUCAACUCAAGUGUCUGUCAGGGAUUUUGAACAGCUUGUUACAGCAGAGAACUUACAACCCUCAGUUAAUCAACAUGCCACAGACAAAGAAGAGCAAACGAGACAGGAGUGGGAGCCGGAGAAAAAAGAAAAAAUCGAAAUUAAGGAAAUUAAAAAUGAACCGAUUAAGAAUGACAAUUUUCAGUACUCACCAAAGAGCAAACCUGGGAUUUUCCCGGCUAAAUUUCUAGAAGAUGUUAUUACUGAAAUGAUUAAGAAAUUGAUCUUUUCUUCCUCACCAGAAACAAAAACAUAUAAAAGUGAAAAUGUAAAGGAUGAUGAAAUUCAAACUGAGCUCUAUAACACAGCUGUGAAACUUAUUGAAACAUUAUUAAAAGAAUUUACAGAUGCUCAAAUUAAGGUAUUUAGUCCAGAUAAGGAAAGCCAGUCUUUUUCACCUAUUGGUAAACUGUCAGAAAUUCCUAAAUUGUCUCCCACGAAUACAGACGAAUCAUCAUUCAGCACUUCUAAGAAGCUAAGUGUGAAUAAAAUGUCAAAUGCGCAUAAAAUGAGUAAGAAACCCUCAUCAACUAGAAGACCUUUCCUAGAUAAAAUAUCAAAAAUUGAUAAAACAUUAGUCAACAAAAUUGUUCACUCCUCUAUAUGCAAUAUUUUGAAGGAAUUCAAAUCGCAAGACUCCAUUUGUAAGAAUAUAAAACGUAAUGGAGAAAAUUUCGCCAAAAGAUUAACUAGUGCAAUGAUAGAUGAAAUUUUUCAACAUAAUCUUGAUUCUCUAUUUUGUGAUGAGGUUUUAGCUUCAGAAUGCUUGCCUUUGGAAUCAAAGGAUGUUGUUCAAAAGAUCCAAAAGAUGGUUAAAACAGUAAGCAAAGAAUGUCAAACAUCAUCACCAUAUACUAUCUUGCUGAAUCAUGAAUUUUUGGAUAAUAUUAUUUCUGCUCUUUUAUCUAAAAUAUUCUCCUCAGUAUAUAAUGCCAAAGCAGAAACUUCAGAGGAUGACCAGUUUACAGAACUGGAUUUUCUUCAAGUCAAGCUAGUAAGUACAAUUAAAGCAGAGAUCUCCAAAGAUGAUGAUAUUAUUAUACAGUAUGUAGAAUGCUUACAUCCCAAUGAUGAUGAAAUUAUUAAAGUAGUGAUGGAUUCUAUCUAUAAUAAUCUUUUGUCACAGUUUGGAUCACAAGAUAUAAUAAAGAAUUGUGUAUCCAGUGGAUGCAAAAUUCUUUCAGAAACCAUAGUGGAUUUAGUUCUACGAGAAGUUACUGGUAAUCAGUUGCAGAACUACUUUUCUGGAGAGCUAACUCCACAUCAGUGUGCAGAAGUUGACAGUGUUGUUGAAAAUAUUCUUAAAGGUGUUAUCCAAACUGUUAGUACUCCCCAGAAUCGACUAUCAUAUUGUCAUACACUGCCUUACAAUAUAAUUGAAGAAAUUGCUAUAAAAUUUUUAGCAAAGCUCCUGUCAAUGUUUCCAAAAGCAGAGAAGGAAAAAUCCAAAUCUCUAGAAAUUGAAAUGCAAAAUAUAGCCUCAAAAAUCUUAAAUUCAUUACAAGACUUUAUCUCAAAAAGUAAUAUUAAACUUGUACCACCAGUCAAGGAACUGCUUACUAAUAACUCUGCCAACAAUGCAACAAUUGAAAAAGUUGUUGACUCUGUUUAUACCCAAGUUUUAAAACAUUCUGGCUCACUUACUUCUGUAUUUAAAGAUUUAAUGAGUAAGAGCAAUGUCCUAUCUGAUAUAAUAGGGUUUUUAAUGAUAAAGGAAGUUGCUAAUUCUGAAUUUCAACCUCAAGUAGAGGAAGCAUCGAGUUCACAGUUAGUUCUGGAAGCUCUCAAAAUCAUAGAAAAAGUGAUCAAAAUUGUGGAUGAACAUAAGUCUCAGGAUAAAUCUUUAUCCAAAAAAGGUGUUACAUUAGAUGCCACAUUUUUAGAAGAAGCACUAGCCUUAUUCUUGGCAAAAGUACUAAAGUUACCAAGUGCCUCAAGCAAAGAAGAAAAAAAAAUAUCAAAGAUUGAGUUAAACAAAAUUGCAUCUCAAUUGACAAAAUCUGUGACAACUGAAAUUUCCAAAAGUAAUAUUAAUCUUAUCACAUCUGAUCCUGAAGAACACAUUUUAAAUUCAGAAAGUAUAGAAAUUAUUUCUCGUGUAAUUGAUACUGUAUAUAAUAAAGUACUGCAACAAUCUGGAAACCAGAAGCAACUUUAUGAUGAUUUAAGAGAUACAAACAAUGUCUUCCCUAAAAAAGUGGCUAGUUUAAUUAUUCAAAGUGUUUCAAAUAUUUCAUUAGAAACUAACCCGCCUACAAGUUCCGGUGCACUUAGUGACAUAGAGAGCUCCGGUGUACUUAGUGACCUACACACGAGUAGAAUUCUUGAAAAGGCUGAGGAACAUGCUGGCAAUAUGAGUCUUCAUGAGGACCAAAAUUCAGACAUAUAUUUAUCUGAAGAGGAUUCAGAAGUUAAAAUAAUUCCACAUAUAGGGAAUAGACCAAUCAAAAUUGAUCCAGACAUUAUCGCAGAACACUUAGCAGUAAUUUCUGUAAAAACACUACCUCUUGAGAAACUAAAGGCAGAAUGUUUGAGAACCACAGGACAUAGUAUAACAGAGUUGAGAAAAGCAUCAAUAAGUGGGAAAAGUUACCACACAUCAGGAUUAGUUGUAGAGAAGAUAAAGAAAGAAAGACGGAUCUCAUUGGAUAGAACAGGACGACUAGAUACAAAACCCUUAGAGGCUGUUUGCAGAAAUUCAUUUCAAAAUAUAAGAAAACCUGACAUCACCAAGGUAGAACUUUUAAAAGAUGUUCACACCAAAAAGGAUCUAAUUAUUCGACUGGUAGCCCAUGAUAUUGAUCAAGAGGAAUUAGAGAGAACAUAUGAUUCUGAUGAAGAUGAGGUUAUUAUACGUGAAGUUUUACAAGAAGAUUUUGAAGAACCUUUUGAAAUGGAUGAAGCAAUGAAACCAGUAGAAAACAAAAAUAUUUCUCCCAAAACAAUGUUAUGCACAUGUAAUCUGAAAAAAAUGUUGUCAUUAAGCAGAUGUUGUCAAUCCACAUCCAGUGUAAAUAUCAAAAAUUUCGACACCACUUUGAGUAAUAUCCCAGGAGUUAAGGGUGAAGAAAUUAAAAAAACUGUCCUGAAGCUUCAUACAGAUAGACACUCCACAACUUCAGCGCAGAUUCACUCUUCUUCAGAGAAAAAGCUGCAGUUUAAGAAGGAAGAAAAUACUGAGCCAACACAUUAUCUUAUACACAGAAUUAUGAGUACAUCUUCCUAUAAUCAAGAAGAUCUAAUUUCAUCAGCUGGGGAAAAUCCUAGAAAAAAAACUUCAAGACCUAAUGUUCCCAAGCAAGGCUCCAAAAUGCUGGCAAAGGUAUCUUCAGCUCUAUCAAGGGUGUUUAGUCAAACUAACACCAAUAUCCCCAAAUCUUCAUCCCCCCACCAAGAUGAAAAUUAA